ACUUUUCCACCCGAUCCGACCCGUAAAAGCAGUUGCUCUCUCUCCUUCUCUGUUGCUUUCUAUUUUGGCCAACAGUGUCGGAGAUUGCGAGUGUUGUCCUCUCUCUCUCUCUCGCUCGAAAAUCUGAAUUCCGAGCUCCACCAGCUCAAAUCUCCGAUCCGGUGACCCCUCGCCGUCGCUCUUCAGCUCCUCCUCCCAGAUCUAUCGCCUCACUCGAAAUUAGUCAUUAAAUUGUGGGUGAAUGCGGAGAUUAAUUAAUCGAGCCGCAAUUUCCCGCUUUCACAAUGCAACUGCAAGGAUUUAAAGCCCAAUCCAGAGUAGCACUGCUCGUCGCCUUCCUCUUGUGUGUUUGUUUCGCGGGUUUAUAUGAUUUGUUGAAGCCUGUCUCCAAUGGAUGCAUCAUGACGUACAUGUAUCCCACUUAUGUUCCCAUCCCUACCACGACUCCCGUUUCGCCUGCGAAAUAUAGCUUGUAUUUGUACCACGAAGGAUGGAAGAAGAUCGAUUUCGAGGAGCAUCUGAAGAAGCUGAGCGGCGUUCCCGUGCUUUUUAUUCCGGGAAAUGGCGGCAGCUACAAGCAGGUUCGGUCACUUGCAGCAGAAUCUGAUAGGGGAUAUCAAGCGGGGCCCCUAGAGCGUACAUAUUAUCAGGAUGCUUACUUAACUCCUGAAGAGGGAGGGGAGGAUAUUGAUGUGACUUCCUUUAAGUUGCCCAACCAGUAUGAUUCCAGGUUGGACUGGUUCACAGUGGAUCUCGAAGGGGAACAUUCUGCUAUGGAUAGUGCUAUUCUUGAAGAACAUGCUGAAUAUGUUGUCAACUCCAUUCACAGGAUUUUGGAUCAGUACAAAGAAUCUUAUGAGGCUAGACAAAGAGAAGGUGCUGCAACCUCUGGGAGUUCUCCAAAAAGUGUGAUAUUGGUUGGUCACUCUAUGGGUGGUUUUGUUGCUAGAGCUGCAGUUAUCCAUCACCGUUUGAGGAAAUCAGCAGUUGAAACAAUUGUUACUCUGUCCAGCCCCCACCAAUACCCUCCUGUGGCAUUGCAGCUCUUGGGUCACUACUUUGAACGUGUUAAUGAUGAAUGGAGAAAGGGAUAUGAGAUCCAAACAACUAGAGCAGGACAUCACGUGUCUGGUCCUGUUCUCUCCCAUGUUGUUGUUAUAUCCAUUUCUGGUGGUUAUAAUGAUUAUCAGGUAAGAUCCAAGUCAGAAUCCCUUGAUGGCAUUGUGCCUCCCACUCAUGGCUUUGUGAUCAGUAGUACGGGCAUGAGAAAUGUGUGGUUGUCAAUGGAACAUCAAGCUAUUUUAUGGUGUAAUCAAUUAGUUAUCCAAUUAGCGCACACCCUCCUUAGUUUGGUAGACUCCGGGACAGGCCAUCCAUUUUCUAACACUCGAAUAAGAACAGCGAUAUUCUCAAAAAUGCUUCGUAGUGGGAUACCGCAGAGUUUCGAUUGGAGGAUGCAAUCACACUUAUCUCAGCAGUCAGUACACAUUCCUACUAGAGACGUAAAGGAUAAAACUGAAUCGCUGUACACUUCUGCUGCAUGUCCUAGCAAUGUUCAUUGGAGUGAUGAUGGCCUUGAGAGGGACCUAUACAUUCAGACAACCACCGUCACUGUUUUAGCUAUGGAUGGUCGAAGACGGUGGUUAGACAUACAAAAAUUGGGGUCAAAUGGAAGAAGCCACUUCAUGUUUGUGACAAACCUUGCUCCGUGUUCUGGGGUUAGACUUCAUCUAUGGCCAGAAAAAAGAAACUCAACUUCAGAAUUGCCUAUUUGUAUAAGAAUCCUUGAUGUGACAUCAAGGAUGGUGCGCAUUCCAUCAGGACCAGCACCAACACAGAUUGAACCUGGAAGCCAGACAGAGCAAGCUUCUCCUUCUGCUAUAUUUCGCUUGGGACCUGAGGACAUGCGUGGUUUCAGAUUCCUGACCAUCUCAGUUGCACCUCGUCCGACUAUUUCAGGCAGACCUCCACCAGCAGUUUCCAUGGCUGUCGGGCAGUUUUUUAAUCCAGAGGAAGGGGAACGAGAGUUCUCCCCUUGGUCUAUGCCACUACCUAGUUAUUCUUAUAAGGAAAUGUCUUUGAAGGAGGAUCAUCCUCUUGCUUUGAAUCUAUCAUUUACCACGAGCUUGGGCCUUCUGCCUGUCAUGUUCUCUUUGAAGGCUGCAGGCUGUGGGAUAAAAAAUUCUGGACUUCCAGACGAACAGGCUGGAGAUGAAGAUAAUAGCAAGCUCUGUAAGCUUCGCUGUUUCCCUCCUAUAGCAUUUGCUUGGGAUCACACGUCAGGUCUCCACAUAUUCCCAAAUAUGUACAGUGAGAAAAUUGUUGUUGAUUCUUCACCAGCACUAUGGAGCUCACCUCAAAGUUCCGAGAAAACCUCUGUUAUGUUGCUGGUAGAUCCACAUUGUUCAUAUAGAAGUUCCAUGACUGUUUCUGUACCUGCAGUUGCCAGUAGGUUCUUGCUUUUAUAUAAUUCACAGAUUGCUGGUUUCUCCCUUGUUGUUAUCUUUUUUGCACUAAUGCAGCAAAUAUGUACAUGGGAUCUUGACCAGCACAUACCUUCGAUUCUUACGGCUGUGGAAUUUAAUCUGAGAAUCCCAUUGCCAUUUCUCUACCUUGCCAUUGCCCCGAUCUUGCUUUCUUUUGCCCUCUCCUUUUUUAUUUCUCAACCAUUUCCUUCAUUUUCUAGCUUCACCAUCAUCUCGGUGACUUGUUAUUUACUUGCUAAUGGCUUCGUAAUAAUUCUGAUUUUGAUAUCCCAACUCAUCUUCUAUGCGGCCGCUGUUGUACAUGUUUUCAUCAAGACAAGGUUUCAGUUGGGGGAAAAAAGUGUUCACCGGUUUAUUAAUCUUUCUUCGGGUUUCUUUUCAUUGAAGGUGAUAAGGGUUUUAAGAGCCAAUCCAGUAUUCGUUACAGCACUUGUUGCAAUUACUCUGGCGUGCUUGGUUCAUGCAGCGUUCGGUCUAUUUAUAAUCUUGUUCUUCGAUGCUUUGAGCUGUCACAGUGCACUUUGCAGUCAUGCACGAAGACAUGAAUUAUUUGACUGUAAAAAAGAAGACAAUGACCGGUCCUGCCAACUUCCAUCCAAAAGUGAUGGUAUAUCAAACCAGAAUAUUCAUUCUGAAGAUUGCUGCUCCAACAGUCCAAACUCUUCGAAAAGUUUUGGUGAAACACAGUUAGAGUUAUUCCAUCAUCGGCAUGGGCUGUUUAUUUUGCAUCUUGCUGCAGCACUCAUGUUUGUCCCGUCACUUGUCGCCUGGUUUCAGAGAAUAGGGAUGGGUCAUAGCUUCCCAUGGCUCUUGGAUUCAUUUCUUUGCACCGGUGUGAUCCUUCAUGGAAUCUUCACCGCAAGGCCCGAGUCCAGUUCCUUCUUGGUAUCUUUCCCUGGCUUCCGAAACUGUGAAGUGAUGCUGAAUUUUCUGUACCUGCUAGCUGGAUACUAUUCCUAUAUCUCUUCCCUGGCCUUGGCUCCAUACAGAGCAUUUUAUGGUAUGGCUGCUAUAGGCUUUACUUGCUGUGCUUUGACGAUCUUACAAAAUCGGAACAGAGAAAAGGGAGAGCCCCAUUUUGUUAGCCGAAAGCACUCCCACAGGCACUAACUUCGCCAGAAACACGCAUUUACUGAGCGGCCAAAUCUUCCGUAAGGUUCCUUGUACAAAUACAGGUUAUGACUACUUUGUCUACGAGAGUGGGAUGCGUUCUGCGCAUGACUCCAGUAUCUACAGUUUUGAAAUCAGAAUCGUCACACGCAAGCAAGCGACCCUGUCCACUGGUGCAACACGUAAUAUGAAGCUAAAAUUUUGCAGCGUGACAUUUAUGAGUUGCCGCCUUUUUUUUCCGUCAGGGUGGUUUUUCUUUUCCCGUCGGGGUAGUUUGCCGUACUGUUUUAUUGGCUUGACCUGUGUAUUGUGUUACUGGUAGAAAACAAAGAUUGGGAAAUGAACAUUCGAAUUUGUUGUUGUAUUUGAUUAAUUUAGUUCGCGACUUUUGUUGGAA